AUGCCGGGCUUGUCUAUCAGCGGCCAUGAAACACUCAGUCAAGCGUCUCCCGUCACGAGUAGCAACAGCAUGUCUGAGAAAACCGACGGGUUGACAGGUUUGGUCUUCUGCAGCGCCGAGGACCUGGCAAUCGACGAUGGCCAUUUCAACGACCUGGACAUCGAUCACAGAUUCGUGCGACUGGCGCGCCACCACGAAAGAAGAGAUUCCAACGGACUGUUCGGUUGUCGGACGGUGCAAAAAGGGCGACAGGAGCCCUUGACACACGAUUCCUGGUGCUGCUUCAAGAUCAAACAAGUCCGGAGAGGUGAGCCCGAGUCAGACGUCGUCUACGAAUGGGAGCAGCCGAGCAUCAACAUCUCUUGGAACGCACGAGACCAUGUCACGCUCUUGCUGUGCAUGGAUACGCCAGGCGACCUUCAAGCCGCCAUACAGGACGCUUGGGACUGCGGCCUCGUUGACGGCAGUGACCCCUACCGGUGGCACUGUUUCAUCGUGGACAAGGUUACAGAUCUGUAUAAUAGGUCGGUAUGGGGGCUGAGAGACUUCGUUCGCCUGGACGUCGAGAAGAGACGCUCCCCGGAGUUUGUUGAUUUCGAGCGGCUGCAUGAGAUCGCCAGGCAUAUCAUACAUUCCAAUGAGACUCUCGAAGUGGCAUUGAGCACGCUCGAAGGCAUGCUGGAGGCUCACCAAGUCUUUAGCGAACAGACGUCCGGCAGCUCAGGUAGUGUCAUGGACCAGUUUUCAGCCCGACAUUCGUACAGCAGCUCAGGCAAGGUUAUGGACUUCUCGGCCCGACAUACGCAGCUGGAGAUGUCCGCUCUCAGACGGACAGUCAAGGCUACCUUCCUACGCUCAAAGUCGCUAAGUGAUCGCUUAAACAACGAGAUCAAUCUUGCAUAUAAUCUGGUGAACCAACGAGACAGCUUCUUGAUGAAGACGAUAGCUGUCAUGACGCUCAUAUACCUUCCGGGUUCCUACAUUGCGUCCAUCUUUGGCAUGAACUUGUUCGAUUUCUCAGCCGCGGAUGGUCUGGAAGUUUCCCACAUGUUCUGGCUGUACUGGGUGCUCAUGGUGAUCCUGACGUUGAUCACGGUUGGCACGUGGGUCGUGUGGCAAUACCAAAGCAAACAUGUGCGCAAGCAGAGACCGGCGAAGGAAAGUCAAGGGCCCCCGUGGACCACGUCCUGGGAACUCCAUGACUGGGUCAAAGUCCGGAGACGGACGGGUGUUGAAGUCACGCCUGAGGCUCUUGCUUGA